CAGCCAACAGAUGGUGAAGACGUCAAGCUUGUCACAAUAAACCCAAUAUUCUUUCUGCUUGGGCAAAAUAGAAAGUGUUCGCGUCAGUCCAACAACUGUGUGACUGCAACUUUUUCCCAGUUUUCCCCAACGACACACCAGCGGACAUCGCCUGCGUCUGAUUUUUCUCACUGGACUUGCACAGCAUGGAUGGUGACAGUUCGUCAUCUAGUAGUAGCGAUCGGUCCGAUCGAGGCGAUGGAGAUGUUGGGGUGGACGGGGGCGGACGGCAAUCCACUUCAUCAGUGGUUUACAACACUCGGAGUCGGUCCGGCUCCGGGCGCACGAGUGCUUCCAUCCCCUACACGUCGCGCGCGCGCGCUAUCCUGGCGCUGACGCAGGGAUCCAUUUUAUCCCUGUCCUCUCGCGACCUGCCACCGAUCAUCAGGAGCCCAUGGUCCUACAACAGUGAUGAUGAUGAGGAUGAGGAGGGAAGCUCCACUUCAGCACAGAGUAGUUCCAAAGUGACAGAAACUCAAACUUUAGAGCAAAGUGAGUUCUGCUUGAUGACCAAGAUGGGCUGUGGGUUAAAACCAGAUCCUAAAUCUCAAUAUUCAAAACCACCUCCUGUAAUGAAGUUACUUUGCCAGCGAGAAACAGGGAUGAAAGGAGGGUGUGGAUUUUCUUCCCAUGAUCUGUCAAGUACUAUGAACCAUUUUCUUCCCAAUAAAAUGACAGUAGAAGACAAGUACCAUCACAAAGCCUUUUGUGGUACUUACUCUCAAGAUGGAAACUAUUUUCUUUCUGCAUGCCAAGAUCGAAUAUUGAGAUUAUACAGAACUAACGGUAAACGGUUUACUCUUCUCCGUAAAAUUGCUGCCCGUGAUGUAGGGUGGAGUAUUCUGGACACAGCCUUUAGUCCUGAUGGAAGCUGUUGUGUUUAUUCAAGUUGGUCUGAUAGUGUUUAUCUUGUUCGUCUGUUCGGUGACUCUGAUUCACAAGAUGCACUACAACUGACACCCAUUGAUAGCCGCUUUUGUGUUUUCUCACUUGUUUUCUCACAAGAUGGGCAAGAGGUCUUGUGCGGCACAAAUGAUGGCUUCCUUUACAUUUAUGAUCGGUUUUCAAACCAACGAGUUCUCAAAAUUGAAGGGCAUUAUGGUGAUGUCAAUACAGUGGCAUACGCUGAUAGCACUUCCCAUAUUUUGUACAGUGGAAGUGAUGAUAGCUUAUGCAAGGUUUGGGACAGACGUACUCUCUCCGAAUCAGAUCCAAAGCCAGUUGGAGUACUGGCUGGGCACUUGGAUGGCAUCACAUUUAUUGAGCCAAGAGGAGAUGGUAGACAUCUUUUGUCAAAUAGCAAAGAUCAGACAAUCAAAUUGUGGGAUGUAAGGAGACUCUCUAGUGAAGAGUGUCAAAGGGAAAGUAUCAGGGCUGCAUCCAAUCAGACCUGGGAUUACCGAUAUCAGAAAGUUCCUUCCAAAUUUAAAUCAUCUCACCGGAGUUUGGAUGGUGAUACAUCAGUAAUGACUUAUCGUGGGCACAAAGUGCUGCAGACACUUAUUAGAUGCCGAUUUUCACCUGCUGCCUCAACUGGUCAGCGUUACAUUUACACAGGCUGUGCUCUUGGGCGAGUACUAAUUUAUGAUGCAUUGACUGGUCAAACCGCCAAGAUUUUAACUGGCCAUAAAGCUUGUGUUCGAGAUGUCUCUUGGCACCCAUAUAAACCUGAACUCGUGAGCACUGGAUGGGAUUCAUUAGUAGCAAGAUGGCAGCACAGAAGUGAGUCCACUGAUUGUGAAUCAGAUGAAGACUUCCCUUCAGAAGACCGAGAAUUGGGCUCCAGACGAAAGGCCUCAAGACAAGUAAUGAGUUCAUUGAGGUAACAUCCUCACCAAAAAAAGGGCUUCUUUCAAUUGAUUCAAAACCAAUCUGUGAUUUGUUUGGGUGGGAUUAGUGGCUAACCCAUUCCAAUGGUCUUAAUGACUGACCUUAUAAAAUGUGUUGCAUUAAAUUAAGACAUUGAAAUAUUUCUAGAUUUUUGACUAGAAAGAUCUGUAGUCAGCUUGUACUUGACGUUGGAAGAAGUUAAUAUCCUUCACAUACAUUAGAUUUGUUUCUACACAAGUUACAACUUUAUAAAUGUGGUUCAAGAUUUAUAGUAUAUGAAUUUAAGCUUAAAUUUUGAUAAUCUUUUCAUUGUUUAGUAAUAAAUUGAUGACAAUGCCAUGA